UCUCUGUGGAGCCGCGUCCGGUGGGGUCGUCCUUCCUGCUCGUUACCGCUACCAGGGGACUGGGUCUGGGCCGACCCGGUUGUCCGCAACAGCAGGAAGGCUAUGGCCUGAGCCCCAGGAAGGUCACCAUGGACUCCUACUUCACCUUGAUUAAGUCUGAGGCCCCGCCCCGUGACGUCAUGACCUGGUGGAGAAGUAUAGGACACCGGAAGCGCCGCGCACACUGACAGCAGAAAGAAGACGGCGAGACCGGUGACAGAGCAGACAUCAUGGCUUCCAGCGCAGGCGACGUCCUCCCCACUUAUGACCUCGGUGAGACUCAGACGUCAAAACUGAUGAAGAAAUCCAAGGAGUCUCCGUUUGUGCCAGUGGGAAUUGCCGGCUUUCUUGGCGUUGUGGCUUUUGGACUGUACAGACUAAGACAUCGGGGAGACACCAAGAUGUCCGUGCACCUCAUCCACAUGCGUGUGGGGGCCCAGGGGUUCAUCGUCGGUGCAAUGACCUGUGGUGUGCUCUACUCCAUGUACAAGGAGUAUCUGGCCAAGCCCAAGGAGUAGAAGCCCCAUCCUUCACUGGAGAGCGCUAUGGACCUCACAUUGGGGUGUCUUUAUUGUGGUGCGCUGGCGUCCAGCAGCUUCAGGGUUAAGUUUUGGAUUAAGGACAAUUCUACCCAAAGAUUUAGAGACAUUUAUUUAUUUUAUUUUUGACCUCGCCUGGGACGUCUCCGCUGUGACCCCCGAACCGGAACCCCUCCCCCUCGACACAGUGGUGUAGACUCGGCUAGUGUUACAUUCCGUGUGUUCUUCUUCCGACACCGAACCCCAUAACAUAAGGACGGCACCGAACCCCAUAACAUAAGGACGGCACCCGAACCGAACCCCAUAACAUAAGGACGGCACCCGAACCGAACCCCAUAACAUAAGGACGGCACCCGAACCGAACCCCAUAACAUAAGGACGGCACCGGAACCGAACCGAACCCCUUAACAUAAGGACGGCACCCAAACCGAACCCCAUAACAUAAGGACGGCACCGGAACCGAACCGAACCCCAUAACAUAAGGACUGAACCGAACCGAACCCCAUAACAUAAGGACGGCACCGAAACCCAUAACAUAAGGACGGCACCGGAACCGAACAGAAACCGAUAACAUAAGGACGGAACCGGAACCGAACCCCAUAACAUAAGGACGGAACCGAACCGAACCCAUAACAUAAGGACGGCACAGAACCCCAUAACAUAAGGACGGAACCUGAACUGGAACUGAAACCCAUAACUUAAGAUGGCACCGGAACCAAGCAUGGUCCAGUGUGACACUGCAGCCUCCUGAAGAGGUGUGAAGGUUUGCUACCACCCAUCAUCCUGCUGUAGACCAUAGCAGUGACUACAGCACUCAUCAGACACGGGCAGCACCAGAAUAAACCAUUACAUUUAGUGACUCA